GCUUACUUGUGAUUUUCUACCGCCGGAGUCGAAAGUGUUCAAAGAAAAGUGCUUCAGUGACUUUAGUGAGCCGCAAAUUCCCGGCUGGAUCUUUUAAAAUGUCGAUCCUCUCGAACGCCUCCGUUUUGGCCACGGCUGCCACCGUGACCCCCGAUUCCCAGUUCAUUUUCAACUCCACGGAUUACGCCGUAUUCGCCCUGAUGCUGAGCAUCUCCGCCGCAAUCGGAGUGUACUUCGGGUUCUUCGCCAAGGGAGCGGACACCACGGAGGAGUACUUGAUGGGGGGAAAGCGGAUGAAGACGAUUCCCAUUGCCAUCUCCCUGGUGGCCAGCCAACUGUCGGCCAUAUCGAUCAUGACCAUUCCGGCGGAGAUGUACGCCUACGGAAAUUGGUUCUUCAAUGUGGUCUGCAUGGUGGUGGUGGUGCCGCUGCUCAACUACGUGGUCAUCCCAGUGUUCUACAACAACAACAUCACCAACUGCUACGAGUACUUGGAGAUGCGGUUCUGCCGCGAGGUGCGAGUGCUGCAGACCUUCAUCUUCAUCAUGACGAUGUUCUUCAUGCUGCCGAUCUUCAUCUUCCUGCCUUCGCUGGCCUUCGCCCAGGUGACUGGAUUCAAUGUGCACAUCAUCAACACCGUCGUCUGUAGCAUCUGCAUCUUCUACACCAUGUUCGGCGGUAUCAAGGCGGUGGUGUGGACCGACGUUAUCCAAGCGGCCAUCAUGGUGGUGUCGGUGGUGCUGGUGGGCGUCAUGGGCGCCAAUCGGGUGGGCGGCCUCUCCGAAGUGCUUCGCAUUGCGGGAGAGGGCGGUCGCCUGGACAUCAACUACAACUUCGAUCUGACCACGCGAUCGACCAUCUGGAACAUCUUCACCUCGGCGACGAUCAUGUGGUCGGGAUACGUGGGUCUCAACCAGAGCUGCGUGCAGCGAAUUGUGUCCCUGCCCUCACUGGGCCACGCCAGAAGAUCCCUGGUAAUCUUCGGAUUCGGCUUCAUCCUGAUCAUGUUCUUCAACUGCUUCACGGGAAUUGUGAUCUACUCGAGGUUCCACGACUGCGAUCCCAUCCAAUCGGGUCAUGUCACCAAGGUGGACAAGAUGGUUCCCUACUUCGUGCAGGACACCGUGGGACACCUGUGGGGCAUGCCGGGUGUGUUCAUCUCCUGCGUGUUCAGUGCUGCCCUCAGCACGCUCUCCGCCAGCAUCAAUUCCUUGGGAGGAGUGGUGUACUUCGACUACAUCAAGCCACACAUCCGGCACACGGAGCACCGCGCGAACGUGAUCAUGAAGCUCUUCGUUUUCUUCGCGGGAAUCUACUGCAUCCUGGGUGGCAUGGUGGUGGAGAACUUCACCUCGAUUCUGCAGGUGAUCUACUCGAUCGGAGGCGUCAGCUUUGGAUCCACGUGCGGCGUCUUCAUGCUGGGCAUGCUGGUGCCCAAAUCCCACGGAAGGGCUGCCCUAUAUGGAGUCAUUGUCAGCAUCGUUUGCAUGGCGGGCAUUGUCAUUGCGAGUUGGGGUCGCAACCACUACGAUACCCUGCCCACCAGCACCGCCGGUUGUCCAGCUCCGCUUCCUCUGAAUGGAACAUUCACCGAAUCCAGCUCAGUGUCUUCCCUGCUCCUCAGCUCCACGACGGAAGCGCCGGUGAAGGAUGAGGGUUUCAGCAUCCUGGAUCUGUCCUUCAACUUGUACACGGUGACGGGUUUCUUCAUCACCUGGCUGGUGGCUGUUCCCCUGAGCUACAUCCUCAAGCCCAGACCCGAUUACAAGCACGACCCGAAGCUCCUGUCUCCGGUGGUUCAGCCCUUCGUCCACUACAAGCUGACACCCGUGGAGGAGCCCCACCAGCUGAAGCUAGAGAUGCUAGAGAAGCCCGAAAAGGUCUGAUGACAUGGAUGUGAACUUCUCAAUAAAACAUGCUUUAUAAGCAUCAAGAUAUUUUAAGAUCCCCCUUAACUCAUAGCAAUAACUAUCAAGAUUAACUGUUUCUAAAUGUUUACUGUUCUUAAAAGUAUUUAAAGCUGCUAUCUUAAUGAACAUAUUCAUUAAUGAAGUGCACGCUUAACCCUAACUUUAUGGCUCCCAAUUGUUGGGAGAUAAAAUACACUGAGUUCCGCGAAUUUCAUAACUUUAUAGUAUGUGAAUUCAAGCAGUUGGACUCUAUAAAACGUGAGUGUGGCAUUUUUUUUUUUUUUGUUGUGAAUAAACAUAAGAUAAAAGUGUAUUUCAUUAGCAUUCGUUAUUUGUAAGCUGUCUUGAGGGGUUUUACCACUCUAAUAAACCAAGAAGCCAGACAAAAACUAAAAUGUAGGUACAUUUUA